AAAAAAACACCUCCUUUUUAGUUUUUUUCUUUUUUUCCUUUCCAUGUCCAGCUCCAUUUUAUCGCUUGCUAAAUGCUAAAACGAGAUGCCAUAAAUGGUUUUCUCAUUUUCUUUUAUAUUUUCUUAACCAACAUUUUUAGGCUGACCUUUGAGCGGGCAUUUUCCUUUUUAGUGGGUGUCAUGAUAGGGAAAGACAAUGGGAAUAAUAUACGUAUGAUAAAUACGGAAAUGUUGUGUUGUGUGGUUUGAAAAUAAAGAGAUUUUUCGCGUCAAUUGCUUUCACAUAUCCGGAUAAAAGAUCCUCCCUUUUCCUCUGAUGCUGAUAUAGUUAUAGCCAUCCAAGUUGAGAAAAAAAAAAUCUUGAUAAAAAGCUUCAUGCCCAUUAUUCCAUUUUGGGUGAAAAAUAACCCAAUAACAUCUAAUCUCCAUCUACAGUUUCCUCGUUUCGGUUCUUGAUUUUGACUAUAUUUAUCUAUGUUCUUCCCCUUUGUUCUUUUUCCUUAAAAGAAAAGAAAAAAACAAAUCCUUAAAAGCUAGCUAGGGCUCAUAGGUUGUAUAGUUAGUUACAGUACAUGUUCUAAUUGAGGUUAGUAUAGCAGUGUGAAACUUUAUUUGGAGUUUAAUUUCAGUAGGGUUUAUAGGGGUUGCAAGCUCUUCCUGAGCUCCUGAGUUGAAGGGCCCUCACUCUACUGAAGCUUCUUGUGGCUAAUUUUUGGGAUACAAAAGAUGGUGAGGGGGAAGGUCCAAAUGAAGAGGAUCGAGAACGCAUCAAGUCGGCAGGUGACUUUUUCGAAGAGGAGAAAUGGGCUCUUGAAGAAGGCCUAUGAGCUCUCAGUGCUUUGUGAUGCUGAAGUUGCUUUAAUCAUUUUCUCUCAAAAGGGGAGACUUUAUGAGUUUGCAAGCUCCAACAUGCAGAUGACGAUUGAGAAAUACCUUGAACUUACAAAAGAACGAAAUUCCGGCGUAGAACUUGAACAUCAAAUGCAGCUAAAGCAUGAAGCAGUAUACUUGGCCAAGAAAAUAGAGUUUUUGGAGAAUACCCACAGGAAGUUGUUAGGGAAUAAUCUCGGUAUGUGUUCUCUGGAAGAACUUCACGAAAUUGACAAUCAAUUGGAGAAAAGCCUAAAAAACAUAAGGUCGAGAAAGGCUCAAGUAUUCAAGGAGGAAAUAGAAAAAUUACAAGCAAAGGAGAAGUUUCUACUAGAGGAAAAUGGAAGACUAUCUGAAAAGAUUGGAUUGAAUCGAAAUCGCGAAAUGGAAAAACAGGAAGAAUUUGGGAGAUGCAGCCAAAGUACACAGAGCUCUGAAGUUGUGACUGAGUUGUUUAUUGGCUUACCAACAAGAAGAACUGCUUCUUGACAUUUUAUCAACGUUUAGCUUCCAAAGAAGUACAGAAAGUACUAAUUAUAUAUUACUUUUCUCAUUUAAGGUACCGUGAGUUGGUGAAUAAAUGCAAUACGUGUGGAUUAUAUAAUCUGCUUCGUGCAAUUUAUUUUCGUUUCUCUGGAAAUGUAAUCUAUAUUGGGAAAAUUAUAUUGCUGUUUCUGGUAAGAUUUUGCAUUCUAUC